AUGUAUAGAGAUGCGCAAGCGUUGAUCCCUAUCCCUGUGCAGUCGGGUUUCCUGGAUGGAAGGCGGCGGUUCGGGGGGCGCGGGCGGAGAGUGGUGCGGGCUGCGGGGGCCGGGGGGCGGUCAAGGCCGCAGCGCACGCGGCUAUGGCGGCGAAACGUUCAGUUCAGUUUGCCCCCAACCAUCGACCCUGCCGGACGUGGCAAAAGUGACGGUGUGAGUGCUUUCUUGCUUACUAAACAGUUAGCCGUAGGUCGACGACCGCGCGAGCAUGAACGCGCGCCCGCCGAUUGCCCUUGCACAGAUUUGACCGAAACCCACUAG